AUAUAAAUCUGCGUUCCCAUUUUCCCACAAACCUCAUCUCAGCCUCAAAAAUCCAUUCACUUUGCGAGAAACCAACACCCACACAAAAACCCUCGUUUCUUCUUCUUCUUCUUCUUCCUUUCGUGGGGUUUGUUUCUCUCUCUGUAUUUCCGCCAUGGGCGUCACCAUUCUUCCAGAUCUCGGGGCUGAGAUUUUCAUUCCUGUUUGUGCUAUUGUCGGAAUCCUCUUCUCUUUAGUCCAGUGGUACUACGUUUCACAAGUUAAGCUCUCUCCUGCUCGUGAUUCCGCUAAUAACAACUCCGCUGCUGCUAAAAAUGGCUACUCUGACUACCUUAUUGAGGAAGAAGAAGGUGUUAACGACCAUAACGUUGUUGUUAAAUGUGCUGAAAUUCAGAGCGCUAUCUCUGAAGGGGCAACCUCCUUCCUUUUCACGGAGUACUAUUAUGUUGGCAUAUUUAUGGUAUUGUUUGCAGUCUUGAUUUUUGUAUUCCUCGGGUCAGUGGAGGGUUUUAGUACCAAGCCCCAAGUGUGCUCAUAUGACAAAACAAAGACUUGUAAGCCAGCUUUGGCGACAGCUAUAUUCAGCACCGUAUCAUUUAUACUUGGUGCAAUUACCUCAGUGGUUUCUGGAUUCCUUGGAAUGAAAAUUGCUACAUAUGCAAAUGCCAGAACCACCUUGGAGGCAAGAAAAGGUGUUGGAAAGGCAUUUAUUACUGCUUUUAGGUCUGGUGCUGUCAUGGGCUUCCUCCUAGCUGCCAAUGGUCUCUUGGUUUUGUUUAUUGCCAUUAACCUUUUCAAAUUGUACUAUGGUGAUGAUUGGGGUGGUCUUUUCGAGUCUAUCACUGGGUAUGGUCUUGGUGGAUCUUCCAUGGCUCUUUUUGGUAGAGUUGGUGGUGGUAUCUACACUAAAGCUGCUGAUGUUGGUGCUGACCUUGUGGGUAAGGUGGAAAGGAACAUUCCCGAGGAUGAUCCAAGAAAUCCAGCUGUGAUUGCUGAUAAUGUGGGUGACAAUGUUGGGGAUAUUGCUGGUAUGGGAUCUGAUCUUUUUGGUUCAUAUGCUGAAUCGUCCUGUGCUGCUCUCGUUGUUGCUUCUAUCUCCUCUUUUGGCAACAACCACGAGUUCACACCAAUGCUCUAUCCACUCAUUGUUAGUUCUAUGGGUAUCCUUGUUUGCCUGAUCACCACUUUAUUUGCAACUGAUUUCUUUGAGAUCAAGGCUGUUAAGGAAAUUGAGCCAGCAUUGAAGAAGCAACUCAUAAUUUCCACUGUUCUAAUGACCUUUGGAAUUGCCAUUGUUACUUGGCUGGCUGUUCCAUCAAAAUUCACCAUCUUCAAUUUUGGAACUCAAAAAGUUGUACAGAACUGGGAACUUUUCCUGUGCGUUGCUGUUGGUCUUUGGGCUGGGCUUAUAAUAGGAUUUGUGACAGAGUACUACACUAGCAAUGCAUACAGCCCUGUGCAAGAUGUUGCUGAUUCUUGCCGAACUGGAGCUGCUACAAAUGUUAUUUUUGGCUUGGCCUUGGGAUACAAAUCUGUGAUUAUCCCUAUUUUUGCAAUUGCAGUUAGCAUUUUUGUGAGUUUCUCCUUUGCUGCAAUGUAUGGCAUUGCCGUCGCUGCCCUUGGAAUGUUGAGUACAAUUGCUACUGGUUUGGCCAUUGAUGCAUAUGGUCCAAUCAGUGACAAUGCUGGAGGCAUUGCGGAGAUGGCAGGCAUGAGCCACAGAAUUCGGGAGAGAACCGAUGCCCUUGAUGCUGCUGGAAACACAACUGCAGCCAUUGGAAAGGGUUUUGCCAUUGGUUCAGCUGCUCUUGUGUCCCUUGCCCUUUUCGGUGCAUUUGUUAGCCGUGCUGGUGUCCAUGUUGUUGACGUGUUGACACCCAAAGUUUUCAUUGGCUUGAUCGUGGGUGCUAUGCUGCCAUACUGGUUUUCUGCCAUGACAAUGAAGAGUGUUGGGAGUGCAGCCCUAAAGAUGGUUGAGGAGGUCCGAAGGCAAUUCAACACCAUCCCUGGUCUCAUGGAGGGUACCGCCAAGCCCGACUAUGCUACAUGUGUCAAGAUCUCAACUGAUGCUUCUAUCAAGGAGAUGAUCCCACCUGGUGCCCUUGUCAUGUUGACACCCCUAAUUGUUGGUAUCCUAUUUGGAGUCGAAACUCUUUCUGGCGUCCUUGCUGGAUCCCUCGUUUCUGGUGUGCAGAUUGCUAUCUCUGCAUCCAACACCGGAGGUGCCUGGGACAAUGCUAAGAAGUACAUCGAGGCUGGUACAUCUGAGCAUGCAAGAACCCUUGGUCCAAAAGGAUCAGAUCCACACAAAGCUGCUGUUAUCGGUGACACAAUCGGAGACCCACUCAAGGAUACAUCCGGACCUUCUCUCAACAUUCUCAUCAAGUUGAUGGCUGUGGAGUCGCUUGUGUUUGCUCCUUUCUUUGCCAGCCACGGUGGUAUUCUCUUCAAGUUCUUCUAAGAAGCAAGAGGAAUGCUUGUUCCAUUACAUCUUCUCUCCCCCUCCAUUGACAUAACCUCUCCCCUCUACGAAAUUUUCAAUGCUUUUUUUUAGACUUCAUAUUAUAUAUUCAAGUCUGUAGCUUUGAUUCCCUUUGAGAAACUUGUAGUUUCAAGUGGCAGAGCCUUUUUUACCCUUUCAUCGGUGGUUGUUGAUGAUGAUGAUGAAGAAGAAGAAGAUAAGAAGAUAAUUGGUCAAAAUCUUGUGAAAUGAGACUGCGAUGUUAUUCUCUUUUUCCCAAUUGAGAACAGGCUAUUAUUGUUAUUC